UUUUUUGGACUUUGUUGUUAACGGUUGCUUUCUCGCAAGUCCGACGCCCAAACGCGAUCGCCUAAAUACACAAUACAAUAGGAAACACAACUCGAAACACAAUACCUACCAAUACGGUUUCCCCAAAUACCGAACGUUUUAAACAAAACCCAAAAUGUUGCAACCAAAUAAAUUAAUUGUUCAAAUUGCCUAUACCCUUCUAUUUAUAAAAAAUGAUUAGAAAAGUCCCAAAUAAUACCAGCCUUCCUCAAAAACAACAAAAAAACAAGUGCAAUUCAUCGGCAGAUAUAAAAUAAAGUGCAAAUGCAUUGUAUCUGAACCUCAGAAAGUAGAAAAAUACAUAUGUGUGUAGUGAAGAAAGGGGAGGAAAUAGUUCUUUAAAUAACGCAAAUCAAGAGCAUGUAUUCAUAUUUAUAUAGAUAUUAUACAGCGGCUGCAUAGUGCAAAUCGCGGAUAAAGGAAUUCGACGGGACCGAAAUGUAAAUAGGAGAGAUUCCCGAAGCAAUUCAACGGUGAAAGCAGGAACAAACAAAACACAGAACUCGAAACCAAACAUCAACAAAGCGGCGCACAGACACUUAGACAUUAGUCUAGUCGUCGUCUGUGGAGUGUCGUAGACAUUUUCCGCAUCCCAAUAUAAUCUCAAAUAUAGUGCGCGAGUGAGAAUAAGGGAUUUGUGUUAAGAAUCCCUUUUAUACAAAUAUAGUGAAAAGAUAUUUACCGAAAUUCCGAAUAGUGCUUUGCCAACAGGAAUAUCUUCCAUUCAAGAACACAGUGACCCCAUGGAUACUUGUGGAUUAGUAGCAGAACUAGCGCACUAUAUUGAUGCAUAUGCACUGACUAUUCCGAGUACUAAAUGAGCAGGAAUUGGUUCGAAAAUGUAUUUUGAACGCAAGCAAGUGCGCAAAAAAUACUAGAUCAGCCACAAAACUCCAGAAAACACCGCCAGAAGUAAGCAGACUCUCGGACCACACUACCGAGCAACAGAGGAUCUUAGGAGGAGGAAGCGUUCUCCACAUACCGACAAACUGCCAGGGACAAGCCCCUUGUCCCCAGCCGACGCGUAGUGAUCUGAGAAACGGCCCCAAAACGGCGACCAUCGGCUACCAGAGGAUGAAGCGGCGCUGGUCAAACAACGGCGGCUUCAUGCGCCUCCCGGAGGAGUCCUCCUCCGAGGUCACUUCCUCCUCGAACGGGCUCGUCCUGCCCUCGGGGGUGAACAUGUCGCCCUCGUCGCUGGACUCACACGACUACUGCGACCAGGAGCUCUGGCUCUGCGGCAACGAGACCGGUCCGUACGGCAGCUCCAGCGGCAACGACCUGAAUCAGCAGCAGCAGCAAAGCGUCAUCACGCUGGCCAUGCAAGGCUGCUCCAGCACCCUACCAGCCCAGACGACCAUCAUCCCAAUUAAUGGGAACGGGAAUGGAAGCUCCACCAAUGGCCACUAUGUGCCGGGUGCCACCAAUCUCGGUGCGUUGACCAAUGGCCACGGGAUGCUCAAUGGGGGGCUCAACGGAAUGCAGCAGCAGCAGCAGAUGCAGAAUGGCCAUGGCCUCAUCAACUCCACAACCCCCUCGACGCCCACCACUCCGCUCCUCCUGCAGCAGAACCUGGGAGGCGGGGGCGGUAUCGGCAUGGGCCUUCUCCACCACACGAAUGGCAACUCCAAUGGCCUCAUCGGAGUGGCGGGAGGCGGCGGAGGAGUCGGAGUGGGAGGAGUGGGAGGCCUGGGGAUGCAGCACACGCCGCGAAGCGAAUCGGCGAAUUCCAUUUCAUCAGGUCGCGAUGAUCUCUCGCCCUCGAGCAGCCUGAAUGGAUACUCGGCGAACGAGAGCUGCGAUGCGAAGAAAAGCAAGAAAGGUCCUGCGCCGCGGGUUCAGGAGGAACUGUGCCUGGUGUGCGGCGACCGGGCCUCCGGAUACCACUACAACGCCCUCACCUGCGAGGGCUGCAAGGGCUUCUUCCGACGCAGCGUGACGAAAAGCGCUGUGUACUGCUGCAAGUUCGGGCGCGCCUGCGAAAUGGACAUGUACAUGAGACGCAAGUGCCAGGAGUGCCGUCUUAAAAAGUGCCUGGCCGUGGGCAUGAGGCCGGAGUGCGUCGUUCCGGAGAACCAGUGCGCAAUGAAGCGGCGCGAGAAGAAGGCCCAGAAGGAGAAGGACAAGAUGACCACAUCACCCAGCUCCCAGCACGGCGGCAACAGUGGCAGCGUGGGCUCUGGCAAUGCCCACGACUUCGUUAAGAAGGAGAUUCUUGACUUGAUGACGUGCGAGGCGCCACAGCAUGCCACUAUUCCACUACUACCUGAUGAAAUAUUGGCCAAGUGUCAAGCGCGCAAUAUACCUUCAUUAACGUACAAUCAGUUGGCCGUUAUAUACAAAUUAAUUUGGUACCAGGAUGGCUACGAGCAGCCAUCCGAAGAGGAUCUCAGACGUAUAAUGAGUCAACCCGAUGAGAACGAAAGCCAGACAGACGUCAGCUUUCGGCACAUCACAGAGAUAACCAUACUCACAGUGCAGCUAAUUGUUGAGUUUGCUAAAGGUCUACCAGCGUUUACAAAGAUACCCCAGGAGGACCAGAUCACGUUACUGAAGGCAUGCUCGUCGGAGGUGAUGAUGCUGCGUAUGGCCCGCCGCUACGACCACAGCUCGGACUCCAUAUUCUUCGCUAAUAACAGAUCCUAUACGCGGGAUUCGUACAAAAUGGCCGGAAUGGCUGACAAUAUUGAAGACCUGCUGCAUUUCUGCCGCCAAAUGUUUUCGAUGAAGGUGGACAACGUUGAAUACGCGCUACUCACUGCCAUUGUGAUCUUCUCCGACCGGCCGGGCCUUGAGAAGGCCCAACUAGUCGAAGCGAUCCAAAGCUACUACAUCGACACGCUACGCAUUUAUAUACUCAAUCGCCACUGCGGCGACUCCAUGAGCCUCGUCUUCUAUGCUAAGCUGCUCUCGAUCCUCACCGAGCUUCGCACACUGGGCAACCAGAACGCCGAGAUGUGCUUUUCGCUUAAGCUUAAAAACCGCAAGCUGCCCAAGUUCCUUGAGGAGAUCUGGGACGUGCACGCAAUCCCUCCCUCGGUUCAGUCGCACCUCCAGGUUACACAGGAGGAGAACGAGCGACUCGAACGGGCGGAGCGAAUGCGCGCCUCGGUUGGUGGCGCCAUAACCGCAAGCAUCGACUCCGAGUCCGCCUCCACUUCGGCGGCGGCAGCCGCGGCCCACCACCAACCCCAGCCUCCGACCCAGACCCAAAACAAUACGCAACCGCAGUUACCAUCGCAGCUACAACCUCAACUGGAACCCCAACUGCAAGCCCAGCUCCAGCCCCAGCUCCAGCCCCAGCUGCAACCCCAGCUGCAACCCCAGCUCCAGCCACAGCUCCAACCCCAGCUCCAACCCCAGCUCCAGCCCCAGCUCCUGCCGCAGCUCCAGCCGCAGCCACAGCUUCUUCCGGUUUCCGGGCCCGCCACCGUUCCCGGUUCUAGUUCCGUUUCGGCGGUCAGUACGAGCAGCGACUUUAUUGGCGCAAGUAGGUCCAUAGGAUCCAUCACGGCGGCGACCACCUCCUCAAGCAGCAUCACAGCUGCUGUUCCUGCGACCUCCACCACACCUGCGGUGGUGAUGGGCAACGGAGUUAGAGUAGGUGUCGGAGCGGGCGGCAACGUCAGCAUGUAUGCAAACGCCCAGACGGCGAUGGCCCUGAUGGGUGUGGCCCUGCACUCGCACCAGGAGCAGCUCAUCGGCGGAGUGUCUGUCAAAUCGGAGCACUCGACGACGGCAUAGCAGACGCAGUCACAGCGUCACCAACAGACCAUCGGAGUCCUGCUGGAUUAAGAACCCACACCGAUCCAGGGGCAGUUCCAUGGGAGUUCCAUCCCUGCAAGUUCGUUGCGGAUAAAGUGA